ACACUCGAUCAGCCAAUGAUAUUUUAAGGAAGACGCUCGCGAGGUUUUCGUUUCUUCACCAUGGCAACCAUAGUCCGGUAAAUCUUCGCGUCUUCUUCGUUGUGGGCCACCGGCGGUUCGUCAUGGCAGAGUUGGGUCUAAAUGAUCACCAUCAGAAUGAAGUGAUCAACUACAUGCGAUUUGCACGCUCUAAACGUGGUCUCCGCCUUAAGACAGUAGACUCUUGUUUUCAAGACCUUAAGGAAAGCAGGCUGGUGGAAGAUACAUUCACUGUUGAUGAAGUGACAGAUAUCCUGGAUGGUUUACAAACUGUAGUGCAUAGUGAGGUGGAAUCAGAACUUAUUAAUACAACUUACACCAAUGUAUUACUUUUACGACAAAUCUUUUCCCAGGCAGAGAAAUGGUGUCUUAAAUUGCAGACUGACAUUUCAGAACUGGAAAAUAGGGAUUUAUUAGAACAAGUUGCUGAGUUUGAAAAAUCAGAAUUUACAUCUCCAAAUAAGAAGCUGAAUCCAGAGUUGGUUAAAACUAAACUUACUCCAUUGCAUGAGGGAGCAUCAGAAUUACUAAACAAGGAAAUUGCAAGACUUCAUGAAGAAAAUGAAAAAUUGAAGACUCGAUUAAAGACAAUAGAGCUGCAGGCUACAAAUGCACUGGAUGAAAAAUCAAAGUUAGAAAAGGCUUUACAGAAUUUACAGAUUGCUCAGGGGGAUCAAAAGUUUAACGUGACUCAGGAUGUUAGUGAACUAGAAAAUACUAUGGCUAAUUUGAAGUGUCAGUUUGAGAAAACACUGCAAGAUAGUACUGCAAGCCAAAAAUCCUUGGAAGAGAAUCUGGUGUCAACAAAACAUGACUUACUUAAGGUUCAAGACCAAUUAGCUCUGGCUGAAAAGGAAUUAGAAAAGAAGUUCCAACAAACUGCUGCCUAUCGCAAUAUGAAGGAGAUUCUCUCAAAAAAGAAUGAGCAGAUAAAAGAGCUACGAAAGAAGCUUUCAAAAUAUGAGCCAGAUGAUUAAGUUCUGAAGAAUUUGUUUUGUUUCAAGAAACUGCCACAAAAUGAAAUGAAAAUACAGAUUUGGAAAAAGGAUUUGUUGUUCAAUAUGUUUCAGUAUGUUUUCUAAGCAGUCUACUUCCUUUUUUAAUCAUUUUAUUAUUAGAAAGCCAUAAAUGAAAAUGCUGAAUAAAGAAAAAUACAUAUUUGUGGUUUAGGACCAUUUAAAAUGUUUAGAUCAUAUACUGUAGACAUGUCAAACUCGCGAUGUCACAUGAUGUCACACAACGUAUCGGGACUGUUUCGCCAUUGCCGGCAAUGGGGUGGGCAUGGCUUCCGCGUG